AUGUCGGGGUCAGCCGGCGCGGCGGGCGACGGAGUGCGGACUUGCCCGUAUUGGUUGGUAGCUUGCAACACGGACGACAGCCACAGCGCUGAGCAGAUUUUCAGUUCGCUGAAGCGCGCAGUUUUGGGUUCGCGCGGCGGCGCAUUGUGCAGUGAGGCGUGUCUGCUGGACAUUCCGCACCUGAAGUUUGGCACCUUUGACGACUUGAUUCGCUCAGUCGACUUGCUGCAGAAGCAGGACUCGUACGUGGAGAGCGUGAUUCGGCGCAUCGAGCGCCAGGCGCUGGAGAUCGACCCCGAGUGCGAGUUGAAAAUCGUCUGGCAGCGCCACUCGCUCACAGUCGACCAAUACAUCCGCCGCUUCCAGUGGGACGACGCCAAGUAUCCGCGCUCGCGCGCGAUCCCAGAGAACCUCGACAUUUUGGUGCAGGCUGUGACGAAGACAGACGACGAAGUGCGCGCCAAAGUCGCCGUCUGGCACGAAGUGCGCCAGCAGAUGGUCAGCACGUCCUCCGCCGGCAAAAAGACGGGCCCGGGGAACUACAUGCAGCGCGACUUGAUCGACGUCUUCGCGCCCGACGCAAUUCGCAGCGACGACUUCCUCACCACGGAGCACCUCGCCACGGCCGUCGUUGUCGUGCCGCGCAGCCAGGAGCGGGACUGGCAGCAGACCUACGAGAGCUUGGACGAGUUCGUCGUGCCGCGGAGCGGCCGCAAGUUCGACUUGCCCGACGACGCGGACGGGAACUCGCUCUGGCGAGUGAUUCUCUUCAAGUCGCACCUCCCUCAGUUUCGCCAAGCCGCGCAGAGCAAGAAGUUCGUCGUCCGCGACUUCCACUACAGCGAGCAAGCCUACCGCGAGACCGUGCUCGCUCGCUCGCGCGUUGAGGCCGAGAAGACCAAGCAGGAAACGUUCCUCAGUCGCGUCUGCUUCGCGGCCUUCUCCGACAUCUUCAUCGCGUGGAUGCAUCUCAAGGCGAUGCGCACCUUCUGCGAGGCAGUCCUCCGCUUCGGAGUUCCGCCGCAGUACGCUGCCUUCGUUCUGCACCCUGCGAGCGAGACCAAGGAGAAGAAGCUGCGCGCGGAACUCGAAAAACUCUUCUCGCCGAAGGGCGGAUUCGGCAACAGAUACUUUGCAGACGGCAAGGACGACGGCGACGAUGACGAAGACUUCUUCCCCUACGUCUGGCUCUCCCUGCAGCCCUUCGGCGUCCACCGCGGCGCCGCGUGA